CUCGACUUCCUUGAUACCGCAACUUUCGACACCCAGCCCAACAAGCGCCACCAUACUAACCAGCAGCACAGCAGGAAGACGACAAGUCUUGUUGCAACGUUCCUUUUGAAUCACGUUUCCGUUGCAUCCUUCUAUUCAUUGCUUCUUGCCCAAUGGCCACGCGCGUACUCGAAUCGCGGUUCGAGCAUCUGUCGGUGAACGAUGAGAACGAACCAAAUGAGAAUGGUAAAUACCAGAAGUCCAAGGUAAUUCUCACAUUUCUUUUUCAGUAGGCCUAGCUGAUACUCAGAAGAUGACUUCUACCACCACAGUGACUAGCUCGCAGCUGUCGCAAAGCACAAACCGAGCCAACUUAUUGAAGAUCGCGCUGAAUAAUCAAAAUACGACCAGCACAAUCGUCACCGUUCCAUCCCAAACUGCACAAUGGCGAGGAUCAAGGACACAGAAUGGGUCUCCAUCGCGAAGGGAGAAUUCGGGUAGCGGUCAAGAAAUUGAAGAAUCGAUGAGAGUGGAACGAAAAUCAACAACAAUGUAUGAGCAACCAGCUCCACCAAAGCAAUUCCACCUUGGGAUGUUUGAGAUUGGUCGACCGCUUGGGAAAGGGAAAUUUGGGCGAGUAUACUUGGUACGGGAGCGGAGUUCUAACUUCGUCUGCGCCCUCAAAGUACUACAUAAGAACGAAUUGAAACACGGCGACGCAGAAAAACAGGUUCGCAGAGAAAUUGAAAUCCAGAGCAACCUACGACACCCAAACAUUCUCCGAUUAUUUGGGCAUUUCCACGACAGCAAACGAAUCUUUCUCAUUCUCGAAUUUGCUGGCAAAGGAGAAUUGUAUAAGCACCUUCGCCGGGAAAACAGGUUUCCUGAAUGGAAAGCUGCACAAUAUGUUGCCCAAAUGGCCGCUGCACUGAAGUAUUGCCACAAAAAGCACAUCAUGCAUCGAGACAUCAAGCCAGAGAAUAUCCUUCUGGGCAUACAUGGAGAGGUCAAGCUUUCGGAUUUCGGAUGGAGUGUUCAUGCUCCAAGCAACCGACGCAACACUCUUUGUGGAACUUUGGACUACCUUCCUCCAGAGAUGCUGAAACCUGGACGUGACAAGAACACCUACUCUAACAAAGUCGAUUUAUGGUCCCUUGGAGUUCUCACGUACGAGUUCCUCGUCGGUGAAGCACCAUUUGAAGAUUCUCCAGUGAUGACCCAGCGAAAGAUUGCACGGGGAGAAAUGACAGUCCCAAGUUUUGUGAGCGCCGAGGCAAGGGAUCUGAUCAAGAAGGUGAGAAAGUCGCAUCUAUACAACCUGUUUUAAUCUAACUUGAGCACAGCUACUUGUCCUUGACCCCGAGAAAAGAAUAUCGCUAGAUGGUGUUCAAGAACACCCAUGGAUCAUCAAAUAUUGCGUUAAAGGCGAGCGAGCCACUAUGCGAGAAUCCAAGUCCAUUGAAUCCAAAUCCAAGGGCAAACAUUCAUCGGAAGAAUAAAUGAUGAUUUAUGACAUUAGCAUUGGCGUUGGCGUUCUUUUUUGGAGGGGGGUAUCAAGUUUUAAUUAAGGAGCAUAGAGAGCAAUUCUUGGAGAAGGGGAUCUUCGCGGCCUAUACCAAGCCAGUACAAAAAUUAUAAUGUACACUGUCUUCUACAUGUUGGUACACCUGUCUCAAUACUUCAUCUGUAAAUAUCAUCAAAGGGCCUCGUAUCAGCGAAGCAAGAAUCCCAAACUUCGUUCACAA